CGCGCGCGUCCCAUCUCCCCCCGCGUCUUCAUCGCGUCUUCAUCGCGAGCCUCAUGCCGAUCCCGGUCGUGGGGAUCUACAUCGGGUACAUCGUCGCGCGAGUGCUCUUCAGGUCCGCGAUCGAGUUUUUCGUCCGCGAGCGCGGCGCCAUCAACGCGUGCCUUCGAAAGUUCCAACCCCCGCGCGGCGGUCCGAAGCUAAACCUCGCGACCGCGCUCGCGGACAUCGCGGACGCGAACCGAUCGCUCGCGGACGCGGAGACGCUCCCGGAGCUGCCGCGCGCGGGAUGGCGGUACAGGUGCGAUCUGGUGUACAACUCGCACGCGGGACAGAGGGCGUUUUUCCGCGCGCUGCGCGUCGGGCCGAAGCUCGCGAGCGUGGUCGGAAGCGUGUCCGUGGACGUGGAGGAAGUGCCGGCGUCGUCGCGCGGCGCGGCGGCGGCGGCGCGGGGAGCGGCGGCGGAAGAAGAAGAAGAAGACGACGCAGCGCCGGCGGCGGCGGCGCGGGGAGGCGACGACGGCGAGAUCGAGGUGGCCGACGAAGCCGCCGCCGCCGCCGACGACGACGACGGGUUCGAGCACGUGGGCGCGUGCCGUAGGAUGACGCUCGCGCAGUUCUACACGAUGCUCCGGCCGGCGCUCGCGCAGAUCGCGGUCGACGCGUUGGCGUCGUCGUCGUUCGCGACGACGACGCGGCCGCCGCGACGGGUGCGCAUCGCGGGAGGGGAGAACGACGACGACGACGACGACGACGCGCGGCUGUGUUCGAUCUGCAUGGACGGAGAGGUGGAGAUCGUGACCAAAUGCGCGCACGCGUUUUGCGAGGCGUGUCACCUCCGGUGGCUGUCCAUGUCGCGCGAGUGCCCGCUGUGCCGCGAGACGUUAGGGAGGGAAGUCAGCGGCACGAACGACGGGAGUUAUUCUCUGGUGGAGUGGACCUACGCGGGCGACGACGACGACGGCGACGGCGACGGCGGCGGCGGCGGCGGCGACGACGACACAGAGGCGGAGGCGGAGGCGGCGGCGGAGGCGACUUCGACCGCCGAACGCGUCGACGCGGCGUGGCUGCGUCGACGCAUGCGCGAGUUCCCGGCGGUGAGCGAGCCCGGGAGACGGCCGCACGAGCGGUGGUUAGCGCGGCGGGCGGCGGAGAAGGCGAAGCGGCGCGCGACGGAUCACGAGGACUGA